GGAACCGGAGUUUGUGAAACUACGCCAGCAGGCGAAAAUCUUUUCAUUUCAGCGACAGUACGGGGCGGGUGUAAAAAUGAUCAGUCAAAGUACAGGUUUGACCCAAGAUCAGGUGCGUAACCUUAUUGAAAAGGAGCGGGAGACAUACCAUGGUGUGGAUGCGUUCAACAGCAUGGUCGCCUUGUCCGCGAACAACUUUGAUGCCUCCAUUCAAGAUGGUUCACGCAAUGUAAGAGGGCACCAGUUUUUUAAAGGAAUGUUUCCCGUGAUUACUGGAAGCCGUUACGUGUUUACCGAGUCUGACGUGCCGGAGGGUAUAAUGCGGGAGAAGUCGUUGUCUGCAAAGUCUACAAAUUUUUCCCCAACACACCUUAAAAAUUAUCCCGUGCAAGGAUUUGCGGGAGAGAUUGUGCAGAUUAUGUUGGGCAUGCUGUGGCGACACUUUUUAAGGAACAACAACUACAAUGGACUUGCAGUGCUCACCAAUACGGUGCACGAUUGCGUGUGGAUUGACUGCCAUGCCGAUAUAUUCUUGCAGGUCGCGUAUGAAGUGGAGACAAUCAUGAGUAACGUGCGGGAGGUUCUUAACCGCCUCUACCCGGAGAUGAAUAUCACCGUAGACUUCCCAUGUGAUGUAGUUGCCGGUGAAAACAUGGGUGCACUGCGCCCCAUUGUCCGUGAGGAAAUGCUGUAA